GAAAGAAUGAGCAUUCAUUCGUGCACCUGAGUACUGCUGCCAUGCCAGAGUGAGAGCCGCCUCUUGCAAAUGAUGGAUUCUUGUUUUGUGCCUCUGGAGAUCAACUGAAUUGUGGCUGCAGGACUUGACACAAUGGAGAACAACACAACCGUAUUUCAAGAUGCCACUCAGGUUUUAAAUCUGACAGAAAUACCUCUGAACCCUCUUGAAGAGCAGGUCAUAACAAUAUUUUUGACAGUACUCAUCUGUGUAGUUGGGAUUGCUGGGAACAUUAUGGUGGUGCUGGUUGUGCUGCGCACUAAACACAUGGUGACCCCGACUAACUGCUACCUCGUCAGUCUGGCCAUCGCAGACCUCAUCGUGCUCCUGGCGGCAGGGCUGCCUAACAUCUCUGAUGUUGUAGCCUUCUGGAUAUACGGGUACACGGGAUGCUUGUGUAUAACUUAUCUUCAGUAUCUGGGCAUCAACGUGUCGUCCUGCUCCAUCACAGCCUUCACCAUCGAGAGAUACAUCGCUAUUUGUCACUCCAUAAAGGCACAGUUCAUAUGCACCGUCUCCCGGGCCAAGAGGAUCAUAGCUGCCGUCUGGAUCUUCACCUCACUCUACUGCAUCAUGUGGUUCUUCUUAGUGGACACAGAUGAAACCGUCUACACCAAUGGAGUGGUCGUCACUUGUGGCUACCGCGUCUCCAGGAGCUUCUACAUGCCGAUCUAUUUUCUGGACUUCACUUUGUUCUAUGUGAUCCCUCUCAUUGUGGCCACUGUGCUGUACGGGCUCAUCGCCAGGAUUUUGUUCAUGAGCCCCCUGCCCUCGCAUCUGAACGACAGAGCUGGAGGAGGGUCGGUUCACCAGGGUCACUCCAACAGCACUAACAAGGCCAACAAGGGUGCAGUCUCUGCAAGGAAACAGAUAACAAAGAUGCUGGCUGUGGUGGUCAUCCUCUUCGCCUUGCUCUGGAUGCCUUACCGAACCCUGGUGGUGGUCAACUCCUUCAUCGACCCUCCUUACACCAACACCUGGUUCCUGCUCUUCUGUCGCAUGUGCAUCUACACCAACAGCGCAAUCAACCCCAUCAUUUACAACCUCAUGUCUCAGAAGUUUCGCGUCGCGUUUAAGAAGCUCUGCAAGUGCAACUGGCAACAAAAGGAGAAGGCGGUGGAGUACAACGUGCCGAUGUAUUACAGCGUGAUGAAGGAUUCGUCCCACGAGAGCAACGAGCUGGUCACUGAGCAGGAGGACGUGAGCGGCCACACCAACAAGAGGCUCAACGAAACAGAUGAUGACGCAAGCACGUUUAGUGUUUCUUAAUAAAAGCUUUGAUGAGUUUGUUGGCUUCAUUAGAAUUAGGAAAUUAUCUGUAAAAAUCUUUUGUUUUAAUGUUUAAUGUUGCUGUUAUUUCCACCUGUUAGAAAAAAAAAGUAUUUACUGACCAACAUCUGAAGAUAUUCCUCUUGUUUGCAGGUUGUAUUUGUGGUGUGGUAGUCGUGGUACUUUUUCAUCAGUAUUGUAACUGUGUUGUAAAUAUAGCAUGUGAGACCAGGCUUUAAUGUACCUCACCCUGGGACAUAAUGUGCAUCAUCAUGUGCAUUACCAUUACACAUAAACAAGUGGUUCUUUGAAGUGUUUUUGGAAAUAUUGUACUCACAUGAAAAGAAGAAUGACUGGGAAAAAUGGAUAUUUAAUGUGACACGUAAGAUGCUGUGGUUGCAUAUUUUGAAUUUAUGUCCAGACUUUUUGGUCCAGAACACUGAACUAAACAAAUUGUCAGCGUAAUGUGUCUCUAGAUAACAAGUACACUCAUUGUUUUUUAAUGGUUACACUCUCAGGCUGGAGUGUACUCAACUGUAUCACACACAAUUCAACAGCACUGAUAAUCACACAGUCAAAUAUUUAUCUUUUCUUUUAACACUUGUUUGUACAUUAAUCUCAUUUUAACAAGACAAUAUUUACAGUACAGACAACAACACACAGAGAGAGGUUUAAUCAAGCUGCAUCCACCAAACUAUUCUGGUAUUUAAUUAAAAGGUUUCAUUGGUGAGGUUUACCUUGGUGAAGCCAAAGAACCACAUUUCUAUGAAUAAAUUAAAAUAUUAAUUAGAGUAUUAUUGACAAUUGAAUUUUUUAGCCACGCACCACAAAACCUCAACAACUGUUGGAUGGGUUGUCGUGACAUUUUGUACUGAUUCAUAACUCCCAGAUGAUGAAUCCUGAUGUUUCUUCUAGUGCUACCAUCAUAGUUGAGAUUCGAAGUUUUAAAACAAUGUUUUGACAAUUGGCAUAUUCGCUGGAUUGCCUUUGCCUUUGGUUAGUGCCAUGCAUGGCCGAGUAGUGUGCAUAGGCAAGUGUAUGCGUUUGAACUCUGCUCAGCUGAAGCUCAAAUGCACACAAGUGCUUAGGCAAACCUGGCCACGCUAGUCAUAGGUGGAAGAGUCUUAUAUUGUAAUGUUUCUUUUGCAAAAAUGCAUGUGAUUGGGGAACGAGAUUUGAAUGCAGGCAUUGUGAGAGUUUGUAAACAGGACUUUUGUUUUAUUCUCAGGAGGCAUGCAAGAAAACAAAGUUCCUUUUACAAAUUGAGCUGAACACACAAAAUGGUAAAAACGGUCAUUUUGGGGGUGAAGUAUUUUUUGGAAUUUGUACCAUAAUUUGGUUUACAAACCAAAUAUCUGCAAAACUGACGACACUUCGAUCAGCCUCUGUACUUUGUAUGUAGUGCUAAAUAGCAAAUGUCAGCAUGCUAACGCAUUGAGCUAAGAUCAUAAACAUGAUCAACCUGCUAAACAGCAGCAUGUUAGCAUUGUCAGUUUGGGCAUGUUAGCAUACUGGUGUUAGCAUUCAGCUCAUAGCAGCAAUAUGCCUGAGUACAGGCUCACAGAGCUGCUAGCAUACCUGUAGACUUUUACAGUGUGUCUCAAAUCACAUACUUCCAU